AUGGCCUACACGACUUUGGUGUACAAUAAUGAUGGAGCUAUGUUGGCCUACACGACUGUGGUGUACAUAAGUAAUGGUGCUAUGUUGGCCUACAACACUGUUGUGUACACUAGUAAUGGAGCUAUGUUGGCCUACACGACUGUAGUGUACACUAGUGAUAGAGCUAUGUUGGCCUACACGACUGUAGUAUACACUAGUGAUAGAGCUAUGUUGGCCUACACGACUGUAGUGUGCACUAGUAACGGCGCAAUGUUGGCCUACACGACUGUGGUGUGCACUAGUGAUGGUGUGAUGUUGGCAUACAAGACUGUUGUGUACACUAGUGAUGGAGUUAAGUUAGCCUACACGACAGUGGAGUGCACUAGUGAUGGAGCUAUGUUGGCCUACACGCAUGUGGUGUGCACUAGGGAUGGAGCGAUGGUGGCCUACGCGACUGUGGUGUGCACUAGUAAUGUCGCGAUGUUGGCAUACACGACUGUAGUGUACACUAGUGCUGGCGUGAUGUUGGCCUACACGACUGACGUGUGCAAUAGUAAUGGCGGGAUGUUGACCUACACGACUGUGUUGUGCACUAGUGAUGGCGCGAUGUUGGUCUACACGACUCUGUUGUGCACUAGUGAUGGCGCGAUGUUGGCCUACACGUCUGUGUUGUGUACUAGUGAUGGCGCGAUGUUGGCCUACACGACUGUGGUGUACACUUGUGAUGGCGCGAUGUUGGCCUACACGACUGUGGUGUGCACUAGUAAUGGCGGGAUGUUGGCCUACACGACUGUGUUGUGCAGUAGUGAUGGCGCGAUAUUCGCCUACACGACUUUGUUGUGCACUAGUGAUGGCGCGAUGUUGGCCUACACGACUGUGUUGUGUACUAGUGAUUGCGCGAUGUUGGCCUACACGACUGUGGUGUACACUAGUGAUGGCGCGAUGUUGGUCUACACGACUGUGGUAUGCACUAGUGAUGGCGCGAUGUUGGCCUACACGACUGUGGUGUGCACUAGUGAUGGUGCGAUGUUGGCCUACACGACUGUGGUGUGCACGUGUAAUGACGCGAUGUUGGCCUACACGACCCUGGUGUACAUUAUUGAUGGCGCGAUGUUGACCUACACGACUGUGGUAUACACUAGUGAUGGCGCGAUGUUGGCCUACAAGACUGUGGUGUACAGAAUUGAUGGAGUUAUGUUGUCCUACACGACUGUGGUGUACAGAAGUGAUGGAGCUAUGUUGGCCUACAAGCUUGUGGUGUACAUAAGUGAUGGAGCUAUGUUGGCCUAA